UUUUAAUGUAAAAUAUAUGUAUAAAUAAAUUGGUCUAUGUAGUGAGGAUGAAAAAUGCCAGAAGUAAACCAAAAUAGAUUAACUAUUUCAGAAUCUCAUGUCGAGAGCUUCAACACAUUUAUCGACCAUUAUUCUUUCAACAUGGUCAACAAUAUACCUCCAGUAUACAUCACAUAUAAUGCAGAUUCCUUAAAGUCCUUUUUAAACCCAAAGGAUACUCCUUACUACGUAAAAGUUAGUAUAAUAUCCCUAAAAAUAGGAUAUCCAACUAGACCAGGCUCAGAAUGUAUCGGAACUAGCCAGAAGAUGUACCCAAGGCACGCAAAAAUAAGCCAUACAACCUAUGAAGCGCCACUGGUAGUCACAUUCGGGAUCAAGUUUUUCGAAUCUGAGUCUAUUAUCACAAAGGAGGUGCCAGUAGGUCAUAUUCCUAUAAUGGUCAGAUCAAACAGAUGUAAUUUGAAAGGCUUAUCUGGAGAAGAGAUGAUCAAACAGGGAGAAGAUGCAGACGAACCAGGCGGCUAUUUUAUAAUUAAAGGGAACGAAAAAAUGUUAAGACAACUUAUAGUUCCGAGAUCUAAUUAUCCAAUCGCAUUUAAAUCAGACUCAAACUCACAGAAGAAUGUUCUAUUCACAGAAUACUCAAUAUUCAUGCGAUGCCAAUCGGAUUUGGAUGGUACUUGCGUCUCUAAUUACCUACACCUAACAAUCAAUAAAAGGUGUAUGUUCAGAGUUAUCGUAAGGAACUCGAUAGUUCUGGUCCCGCUCUUUUUACUCCUGAGAGCUUUGUUGCCGUUCCUGAGCGAGGACGAAUUUAAAAGAAAAUUACUGGAAAAUUGCUCAAAUAACCAGGAAAUGACAGUGCUGUAUCAUAGAAUAUUUCUGGAUAUGGUACAGUGCGACCCAGUCCUAUCGGAUAUAGACUUCAUACAAAAUAGGUACCUCUACCGGUUGGGGAAGGCUUGUUGGAAUCAAGUUAGUCAAUAUUUACACCCAGGAUCAACGUUUGAAGAAUGUGCACACCACCUGAUAAAGUAUUUUGUCAUUAUACACGCAAAAUCUAAUUUGGACAAGUUUCGAACACUCCUCUUCAUGUUUAAUAAACUAGUGAAUUUGUCAAACGGGAAUAUUCAGAGUGAGAGCUAUGAUUCCUUUGCGUUCCAAGAGUUGUUGCUGCCAGGACAGUCAUAUUCGUGUAUUUUGAAGGAGAGUUUAUACCUGUCCCUGACUAGAAUAAGAACGGUCUACAACCUUGAAAUAAAUAACUUUCUGAAUCACCUGAAAGGUAAAAGAGGAUUUAAGAGAAACUAUGCUGGAGUUGGAAAGCUGGAAAAUCUAGACCAGGACUUGGAAGAGGAAAUGGUAAGAAAGUUUAUGAACUCCGUGAACCUGUUCAACUUUGCAAUUAACAAAGUAGCACCUGAAAUUACGAAAAAGGUCCACCACUUUCUAUCAACAGGCAAUGCAUUUAAUACCCACUAUGAACUUAACCAGAACACCGGGUUUGCCCUGGUGUUGGACAGGAUUAACUAUCACAGGUUCUCAAGUCACUUGAGAUCAGUGCACAGAGGAAACAUAUUUAUGAAGAUGCGUUCAACACAAGUAAGGAAGCUGCUGGGGGAAACUUGGGGCUUUAUCUGCCCAGUUCACACUCCAGAUGGAGCACCGUGUGGUCUGCUACUCCACUUAUCACAAUACGCAAAACCAGUGACAACCCCCAACAAACCCUCAUACCUUAACUCUAUUAAGUCAUUUCUGAAGUCACAACCGCUACAUAUUAGUGGAUCAACGAAUAAAGUAAAUGGUGGGAAUGAUAGAAUACCUUUAGUAGUUGACGGGAUCCCAAUAUCAUACGUGAACUUAGAAGAUGUGGAGGAGUUUUACGAUAAGUUGAAGACAUCAAAAAACCUUGAAAAGUUCGGCAUGUGCAGACACUUUGAAACAUGCGCAAUUAGAGAUAAGUUUGGAGUUUUCUCAUCGAUAUAUAUCAUGACUUUUCCGGGAAGAUUGGUGAGACCGGUGAGAAAUAUAAAGGACAACCAAAUCGAGCUAAUAGGACCAAUCACACAGUUAUGGUCUACAAUAGCUAUAAAUGAGUACGAAUUGAAUAAAUCCCACAAUAAACUAUUGGAUUUACAAGCUAAUCCGAGCGCUAUGAAUAAAGUUCAAGUUCCAAAGCCUUUAAAGAGCCUGAAGGAUAAUGAAUUGGACAACUGUCCAGUUCUUUAUGAAUACGUAGAACUGGAUAUGUGUUGUAUAUUAAGUUUGUCAGCCAGUUUGACACCGUUCAGUAAUCAUAACCAAAGCCCGAGAAACAUGUAUCAGUGUCAAAUGCUUAAACAAAGUGUGGGAAUUCCAUUCCACUCACAGUUCUACAGAUCUGAAGUGAAAACAUAUGUGCUAACAAGUCUUCAAAGACCACUAGUGGCAACUAAGGAAUAUGAAAAGAUGGGAUUUCAAGAUUACCCAACAGGAGUAAACUGUGUAGUUGCGAUUAUAGCGCAUUCAGGAUUUGACAUGGAAGAUGCAAUGAUACUUAACAAAGCAUCGGUAGAUAGAGGGCUGUUUAACUCAUUUAUAUACAAGUCGAAAGUGAUAGACUUAAACUCCCAAGCGUCGAGCACCAAGGAAAGAGGUGGAACAGUGGAAUAUUUCAAUAACAUGGAUAAAGAUAGUAAAUUAAUAGUCAAGAAACUGGAUUUUGACGGGUUGCCACGACUGGGAGAAAAACUAACUAAAAAUAGUCCAUUUUACAGAAUAGAAGAAAGGGGUAAAAAUAAUAUAGUAAAUGAUAAAGUUGUAAAGUAUACAGAGGAACCAGCAAUAGUAGACCAAAUCACACUUGUCGGUAAAUCUGAGAUUACAGUGGGAGACAAAAUCAGCUGCCCAGGACUAAAACAUGAUAGAGCAAUAAUUAAGCUAAGAGUGUUAAGGUCACCAAUUGUGGGAGAUAAGUUUGCAAGUCGACAUGGCCAAAAGGGAAUUCUCUCAGCAGUUUGGCCCACAGAGGACAUGCCAUUCUUGGAAAAUGGAAUUGUUCCAGACGUCAUAUUUAACCCACACGGCUUACCAUCGAGAAUGACCAUAGGAAAGCUUAUUGAGGGAAUGGCUGGAAAAGUUGCCUCAAUUUACGGAAAGCCCCAGGACUCAACGUGUUUCCAGGCCUAUUAUUCAGAAAACCCUGAGAACGGAGAUGAAGAAAUGGAAGAAGUGGAUGUGGUUGAUUAUUUCGGGAAGAGCUUAAUUAAAUCAGGAUAUGAAUAUUACGGUACGGAAUCUAUGUAUUGUGGAACAUUGGGAACUGAGAUACAGACACAUAUUUUUGUGGGACUGAUAUACUACCAGAGACUAAGACACAUGGUCUCAGAUAAAGCGCAGGUGAGAUCAACUGGGCCGGUGGAUACAAUAACGAAGCAACCAGUAAAGGGAAGGAAAAAUCUUGGAGGUAUAAGGUUCGGAGAAAUGGAACGAGAUGCACUCAUAGCACAUGGAACAGCAAAUUUACUGCAAGAUAGACUACUUCACUGUUCAGAUGCACAUAUGGCAUAUGUCUGUCCUAAAUGCGGAUCUAUCCUCUCACCGUCAAUAUCAUCCCUGGAGGCAAACACGAAACGGCAAGUCUCAAUAUGUACAAUAUGCCAAGUUAACUGUAAAUUGGUCACAAUACCAUACGUCCUAAGAUAUGUCGCAAACGAGCUAGCGACGAUGAAUAUUGGAAUAAAGUUACAUUUGUCACAACUGGGAUCUAGAAUCGACUCAUAAUUUAAUACAUUACA